AUGAAUCUCGACUCGCAACCAUCUGCAUAUGUACUCAGCACACCGCUCGGACCUGGGUUCUCGUCCGAGUGCAUUACAAUUGCCGCCAAGCGCGGCAGCAUACUCGUCAUUAUUGCAGACCGCUGGGAUUCGGAGACUGACAGUCAUUUCGAAUGGAAGAUUCACUUUGACCGCGACGCGGACAUGACGAAGAUUCAAGCCAACUUUAAUCAGGGUCUGCUCAAGGUCACCGUCCCUAGAAUACGAACGUACUAA